AUGGCUCCUUCACUCCGUUCGCGGAAGCGGAAAGAAGUUUCCGAAGUCGUCGAGUCCGACGACGACCUCAGCGGCGCGGAACUCGAGGGCAUCCUGUCGCAGAGCGAGGAUGAGAGCGACGCGGAAGAGGAAGACCAAGACAAGCCCAACUACAGAGUCGUCAAGGACGCCAACGGCGGCGUGCGCUACGAGUACGAGGAGAUCGACCCCGUCUACGACAGCGACGACACGGACGCCCAGGGCCCCGUCAACACCAUCGGCAACAUCCCGCUCUCCUUCUACGACUCGUACCCGCACAUCGGCUACGACAUCAACGGCAAGAAGAUCAUGCGGCCGGCCACGGGCGAGGCCCUCGACGCCCUGCUCGACAGCAUCGAGCUGCCCAAGGGCUGGACCGGCCUGACGGAUCCCGAGACGGGCAAGCCGCUGAAUCUCAGCCAGGAGGAGCUGGAGCUGCUCAAGAAGCUGCAGUUGAACGAGGUUCCCAGCGACGACUACGAUCCCUAUCCGGACAUGAUCCCCUACUUCACCAGCAUCGAGGAAAAGAUGCCCCUCAGCGCCGCGCCCGAGCCCAAGCGCCGGUUCGUCCCCUCAAAGCACGAAGCCAAGCGGAUAGCCAAGCUCGUGCGCGCCAUCAAGGAGGGCCGGAUCCUGCCCUACCGGCCCCCCGAGCCCGAGACGGAGCAGGAGGACAAGUACUACGACAUCUGGGCCAACGAGGAGCCCCGGGACCGGCACGUCAUGCACAUCCCCGCGCCCAAGCUGGCGCCGCCGGGCUACGACCUGAGCUACAACCCGCCGCCCGAGUACCUGCCGACGGCCGAGGAGCGCGAGGCCUGGGAGAAGCUCGACCCGGAGGAGCGCGAGAAGGAGUACCUGCCCGCCAAGUACGACGCCCUGCGCAAGGUGCCCGCGUACGGCGAGUUCGUCAAGGAGCGCUUCGAGCGCUGCCUGGACCUCUACCUGGCCCCCCGCGUGCGCAAGAACAGGCUCAACAUCGACCCCAGCUCGCUGCUGCCCAAGCUGCCGCGCCCCGAGGAGCUGCGGCCCUUCCCGACCGUCUGCCAAACAAUCUUCCGCGGCCACGCCAGCCGCGUGCGCAGCGUCGCCUUCAGCCCGGACGGCGAGUGGAUCGCCUCCGGCAGCGACGACGGCACCGUCCGCGUCUGGGCUCUCAACGGCCACCAGGAGUGGUCCGCCCAGCUGAGCUCCUGGGACGAGCCCGAGCCCGUCAACGUCGUGCGCUGGCGCCCGGCCAAGGACACCUUCAUCCUAGCCGCCGCCGCCGGCGAGGACCUCUUCUUCAUCGCGCCCCCCGUCGUCAGCGACGCCAUGGAGCAGGCCAGCCGCGACGUCCUCGACGCCGGCUUCGGCUACGCCGCCAACAACGCCUCGUCCUCAGCAGCGGCAACGACAGCAGACGGCGCCAAAAAGGAACCGCCCGCCAAGUGGUCCCGCCCGACGUCCUCCCUCGUCAACGCCGGCGUCCUCCUCAAGCUCACCGUCCGCUCCGCCGUUAAGGCCCUCAACUGGCACCGCCGCGGCGACUUCUUCUGCACCGUCUCCCCCUCGGGCCAGCGCUCCUCCGUCGUCAUCCACACCCUCUCCAAGCACCUCAGCCAGGUCCCCUUCCGGAAACUCCCCGGCCUCGCCCAGACGGCCCAGUUCCACCCCUCGCGCCCCUACUUCUUCGUCGCCACCCAGCGCAUGAUCCGCUGCUACGACCUCCAGCGCCAGGAGCUCGUGAAAAUCGUCCAGCCCGGCGCCCGCUGGAUCUCCUCCAUGGACAUCCACCCCGGCGGCGACAACCUCAUCGUCGGCUCCUACGACCGCCGCCUCCUCUGGCACGACCUCGACCUCUCCAACCGGCCCUACAAGACCAUGCGCUUCCACCCGGAGGCCAUCCGCGCCGUCCGCUUCCACCGCGCCCUGCCCCUCUUCGCCGACGCCAGCGACGACGGCACCCUGCAAAUCUUCCACGGCAAGGUCGUCGGCGACCUCAUGGAGAAUGCCACCAUCGUGCCCGUCAAGCAGCUCAGGGGCCACAAGGUCGACAAGAAGCUGGGUGUCAUGGACAUCGACUGGCAUCCCAAGCAUCCUUGGAUUGUGAGUGCCGGUGCCGACAUGACGUGCAGGCUGUGGGCGUAGACGUGGUAAAGGACAAAGGAAAAGUUAGGGGGGAUGUUUGGGUUCAAUUUGAUGCAUCUGUUGUAGUUUGGGUUGAUAUUAUAGUAAUAAAGCAUAGAA